GUGCGGUUAGUGGACAGCGUCCGCGAGAACGGCGGCGAAGUGAGACUCUUCUCCAGUUUACACGUUUCGGGCGAACAAUUGGAUCAAUUGACAGGAGUGGCCGCUAUUCUACGCUUUCCGAUGCAGGACUUGGAAGACGAGCCCUACGAAGACGAUGACAGUUCCAGUGAUUGACCACUGAUUCAGAUGAGAGAUUACACGCCUCGACAGUCCAAACGAUUAAAUUAAUUAAACAGUUAUUUUCUAAUUAUUAAAUAAAAUUAACUUAUUUUCCGAGAAUUAAAUUAAUUAACACUAAUUAAGACAAUAUUUAUUCCAAAAAAAUAUAUACAAUAAAAACCAAAUAUAAUUUCAAAAACAGACAAACAAUUAAAA